AUGCCGGAGAUUCUUAAGCAUGUCUCUCACGCCUCCAGUUCAAUCCGAAGGGGUCUCCUUGCGGCCUGGGUGAGAGCGGAUACGUCAAAAGGGUUAUUCAUCCAUGAACAUGACCUCCCUCCUUCCAAGGGCCUUGGGGUCCCGAUCCUCGUCUCUGCUCUAGGUGCGGUGAUUCGCAAGUCCAAAAUACCCAUAGUAGAUGUUGACUAUACCUUGGUCCAAGUCGCUCCGGACCAAGCUCAGGUCGAUAUGAACGGAAGUUGUGGAAACAUGACGUCCGGGUUCGGUCCAUUUGCCUUGGAUGAAGAACUCGUGGACAUCAGAGUGUUCAAAUCGAACACGCAACAACUCCUAGGGAAGUAUUCCGAGGACGGCGACUAUAACACUGCAGGUCCAGGCGGUAGCAUGACAGGAAGGUUAUUCCCCAGCGGAGCCAAGCAAGAAAUGCCCACCGUCAACUCAGCGCACACUCCGACACCAUUCAUGAUUCGGGCCAGUCUAGUAAAUGCCAGAAACCCUUUCGUGUUCGUGGACUCGAGCAGCAUGCCCUCGGUGUAUUGUGACGCAGAACCUGCAUCCUCUACUUCGCUUAGAAUCAUCGAGGAGAUCUGCAUUGCUGGCGCCAUGAGGUUUGGUUUAACUCGAGACACUGCGAUGGCUAGCCAGGUCAGAGGCACUCCUAAGAGCGCGCUUCUUUCUCCCGGUCGAUGCGAGGCAGACACAGAAGGUUAUGCUCAAGAACCGGAUAUCGUAGUUCUGCCAUUUAGCAUGCGUAAACCUCACCCCAGCCUCCAGUUGACCGGAGCUGUAAGUAUCGGCACGGCGCUAAGCAUACUGGGAACGGUCACAUGGGACCUACGGCACUUGAGAAAUCCAAGUAUCAACCACGAUACCCAUCGGGGCACGGUCCAGUGGUUGUUCAAACACCCUAGCGGGCUAAUGGGCGUAGAAACGAAGUUAGAGAUGCAUCGCAGCCGGCAGAGAUCGGUUAAGAGCGCCAGGCACCCCUGA